AUGGCUAAUCUGCAUAAAAGAAUAUCCGCGUACAUUUCUGACAGGCAAAAGAAAGAGGAGGUGCAGGAGAGACUGGACGAACAAAGGAAGUGUUCAGUGCAACCUGGAGACAAGGUGUUUGUGAAGUUAGUGAGCAGGAAAGGAGAUAUGGAGACAUUGAUUUUCAACAUGUCCCAGGAACAGCAGAGCCUGUUUCUGAGGAGUGUGAAGCAUCAGAGGUUACAAAGGGAAGUGAUUCUGAUGCAGGAGAAUGCAGAGACACAGAGCAACAAGUCAAUAGAUCCUCCAGAUAACUUUAAAGAUGGAGGAUGUUCUACUGAUCUGAGUGUGAUGGAGGGUACGAGACCAGAUUCACCUGAACCCAGCUGUGUCUCCAUGAAGAGCGACCGGUCAAUAGAUCCUCCACAAAACUCUAAAGAUGGAGGAUGUUCUACUGAUCUGAGAACACAAAAGAAGAAAUUAAAUGUUACUUAUCAGUUGGAAUCCAUAUUUAAGGAACUGGAGCUCAAAGUCAUCAGCAUGUUAAAGAAUGAGCUAAACAAGUUCAAAAAGCUACUGAAUGAAGAUUACCCAGCAUGCUCUGAGCAGGAGGUAAAGGCUGUAGAAGAUCUGAGUAGUUUCAGAGAGGGGACGCUAAAGAUCACACUGGAUGUUCUGAAGAUCAUGAAUCAGACAGACCUUGCUAACACCCUGCAGAGGAAACUAUUAGUCCCUGUAUAUCAGAAAAAACUCAAAUCCAAUCUGAGAGAGAAAUGUAAAAGAAUCAGUGAAGGAAUCUCCCAGCAUGGAAGCUCAGCACUUCUGAAUGAGAUCUUCACAGAGCUCUACAUCACAGAGGGUUGGAGUGAAGGCGUCAAUAAUGAACAUGAGGUCAGACAGGUUGAAGCUACAUCCAGGAGACCAGCAGUACAGGAGAAUCCCAUCAAAUGUAACGACCUCUUUAAAGACACAUCCAUCAGAACUGUGCUGACCAAAGGAAUCGCUGGAAUUGGAAAAACAGUCUCAGUGCAGAAGUUCAUUCUGGACUGGGCUGAAGGAAAAGCCAAUCAGGACGUUGUCUUCAUAUUUCCACUUCCUUUUAGAGAGCUGAACUUGAUGAAGCAGAAAAAUCUCAGUCUGAUGGAACUUCUUCAUCAGUUUUUCCCAGAAGUGAAAGGUCUGCCAUCAUUAGACUGUGAUGCGUAUAAAGUUUUGUUCAUCUUUGAUGGUCUGGAUGAGUGUCGACUUCCUCUAGAUUUUCAAAAUAAUGAGCGAUUGUGUAACGUAACAAAGUCAGUAAAAAUGGAUGUGCUGCUGACAAACCUCAUCAAGGGGAACCUGCUUCCCUCUGCUCACCUCUGGAUCACCACUCGACCAGGAGCAGCCAAUCAGAUCGCUACUGAGUGUGUAGACCAGGUAACAGAGGUACGAGGGUUCAGUGAUCCUCAGAAAGAGACGUACUUCAGGAAGAGGAUCAGAGAUGAGAACCUGGCCAGUGAAAUCAUCACUCACAUGAAGUCAUCAAGAAGCCUCUACAUCAUGUGUCACAUUCCAGUCUUCUGCUGGAUCUCAGCCUCUGUUCUAGAGAGAAUUCUGGAUGGAGCCGAGAGGAAAGAGAUCCCCAAAACUCUGACUCAGAUGUUCACCCACUUCCUGAUCUUUCAGAUAAAACACAAGGAACAAAAGUAUCAUGGGAAAUCUGACCCUGAUCCACACCAGACCAGAGAGACGAUACUGGCACUGGGAAAACUGGCCUUCCAACAGAUGGAGAAAGGGAACCUGAUCUUCUAUGAAGAAGACCUGACAGAAUGUGGCAUUGAUGUCAAAAACACAUCAGUGUACUCAGGAGUCUGCACCCAAAUCUUCAAAAAAGAGGCUGGACUGCACCUGGGUCAGGUCUUCAGCUUUGUGCACCUGAGUGUUCAGGAGUUUCUGGCUGCUUUAUAUGUAUUUCUCACCUUCAUCAACAAAAACAGAAAUGUGCUGGUGAUGCAAAACACUGGAUUCUUUAACAUCUUUAGAAAAUAUACGAACAUGUCUGACUUUCUGAAGAGUGCAGUGGACAAGGCCUUAAAGAGUAAGAAUGGACACCUGGAUCUUUUCCUCCGCUUCCUCCUGGGUCUCUCACUGGAGUCCAACCAGACUCUCUUACGAGGCCUACUGCCACAAACAGAAAGUAGGUCUUACAACAAAGAGGAAACGGUCAAGUACAUCAAGGAGAAGAUCAGUGAGAAUCCCUCUCCAGAGAAAUCCAUCAAUCUGUUCCACUGUCUGAAUGAACUGAACGAUGAUUCUCUAGUGCAGGAAGUCCAACAAUACCUGAACAAAGGAGGUUCUCUUCAUCAUGAUGAACACCGUCUGUCUCCUGCUCAGUGGUCGGCUCUGGUGUUUGUGUUGCUGAACUCAGAUCAGAAGCUGGAUGAGUUUGAUUUGAGUAAAUAUAAUCCAUCACAUGAAGGUCUUCUGAAGCUCCUGCCAGUGGUGAAAGAAUCAAGAAGAGCUGAGUUGGCUGGUUGUUCUCUAACAGAGGAAAGUUGUGAAGUUCUGUCCUCAGUUCUCAGUUUAAACUCCUCCAGUCUGAAACAUCUGAACCUGAGUAACAAUAAACUGAAGGAUUCAGGAGUGAAGCUGCUCUCUGCUGGACUGGAGAAUCCACACUGUACACUGGAGAUACUGGGGUUGUGGAAUUGUUCUCUAACAGAGGAAAGUUGUGAAGUUCUGUCCUCAGUUCUCAGUUUAAACUCCUCCAGUCUGAAACAUCUGUUCCUGAAUCACAAUAAACUGAAGGAUUCAGGAGUGAAGCUGCUCUCUGCUGGACUGGAGAAUCCACACUGUAAACUGGAGAUACUGGAGUUGUGUCUAUGUUCUCUAACAGAGGAAAGUUGUGAAGUGCUGUCCUCAGUUCUCAGUUUAAACUCCUCCAGUCUGAAACAUCUGAUCCUGAGUAACAAUAAACUGAAGGAUUCAGGAGUGAAGCUGCUCUCUGCUGGACUGAAGAAUCCACACUGUACACUGGAGAUACUGAGGUUAAAUUACUGCAGUAUUACAGAUGAAGGUUUUACUGCUCUGGCUUCAGCUCUGAAAUCAAAUCCAUCAUCACGUCUGAGAGAACUGAAUCUGACCAACAAUCAUCCAGGAGAAUCAGGAGUAAAACUGCUCAAAGAUCUACAGGUGGAUCCACAAUGUAACCUGAAGGAGCUACAAAGGAACACUGAGUUCAACAAGAAAUCGUUCUGUUUUGUUUGGAUCUGCCAGUUCUACAGACAAAAUUAUCCAGAUCCUGAACAUCAAGGUUCAGUCGGAUCAGAACGUGAACGAUCCUGCAGUGAAGGCAGCACUCCUGGAGAAGAUCCAGCAGAAACUGAAGGAGCAGGGGGUGGAACAGAACAUCACACUGAAAUGGAGGGAGCAGCCAAGUGGGGAGGUGUUCCACAGGAUUAAAGAUGAUGAUACAGUUGAUGAUGAUACAGUUCCUUUGUGCAGUAAAGGGUACAAAAGGAAAAAUGCAAACAUGGUGCAAACUGGCUACUGAUGAAUGAAAACUUAAAUUAGAUUAGCCGUGCUUUAGGCGGGCUGGUAACAAACCGCAAAUUAAAGAAACAGUGGCCCCAAUUUAUCUCAUGUUGACCUGUUGGAAUGCAUUGUGCACUGUGCCAUCGACUGGUAGAUCGCGAUCAACAUAUUGGGCAUUGCUGCUGUAGACUAUUAG